UUACGGCGCAGUGCAGUUUGUUUUGAAAUCUCUUCCCCGCAACGAGGAAAUAGCACGUCAGACAAAAGCCGAAAUAACUCUACACUGAUACUACUCAUUUAUCAUCAUCGCCCUUCUUUUCACAGUUCAAACAGUGAAAAAAACUUUAAAAGGCGCAAGUGGGACGAAAUGUCUGAGUGGCGGAAACUGUAGGAUUCUGUCUUAGAUGACUCAACAGCUGUGUGUGGUGAUCAGUCCUCAUGUGAUCCGCAGUCAUCAUAACGCCGCCGCGACCACAGUCGUCAAGAUGUGGCCGAUAACGUCGCUUUUGUUGGCCAUAGCCCUACAGGGUGUACGGAGUGAAACAAGUAACAAUGAUACAAAGGUGGAUUUUCCAUGCAAAGUGGUUGAUGGGGAUCAUGUCUACGAUCUCCGCGAACUGGCAGCGAGAGACUACUGGAAGUAUGACGAGACCCUGCACACUGGCCUAUUCGAGAGCAGAGUGAUGUACAUGAGCUUCUGCCACCAACUCAGGAACGUCCCAGUAGUGUGUGAGGGAGAAAAUGUGGGUGUUUGUGAGACUAAGAAGGAUGACACAGGGAAUGAGGUACCCCUAGGGAGUCGGGGACAGGUGUCCUCCACGGGCCCGGUCGUCACGGAGGAUGGCUGGUUGAGCUACGUGUUUGAAUCAGGAGCUAAGUGCAACAAGAGCAUUCACGAAACCACAUACAAAACCUAUGUCCAUCUGUAUUGUGCAAGAGAUACUGCAAGUGAGACUGCUGGGCCCACGCUGAUGAGCUCUCCAGGAUGCGAGAGGACUUUUGCGUGGAUGACAAAGGCAGCAUGUCCAGCCAAGGCAGAGAUCACCAGAGAAAGUUGUACUGUGAAGUUCUCAAACUCAGAUUACAUACUGAAUCUUCAUACGCUACACGCAGAAAUGUAUUACAAUGUCUCAAGUUCAGAAGCCAAAUAUGAACUGAAUAUCUGCGGCCCAGUCGCUGGUGGUCAUUGUGGGUCAGAUGCAGCCACAAUGUGUGAUGUAACAGAUCCAUCAGCUCCUGUUGUGUUUGGCACUUUGGAAGGGAUGGACAUCAAGUGGGAAAAUCAAGUUCUUAUUUUAACCUACAAGAAUCAGGAAAACAGCGUUAAAGUCAUUGCAGGUUGUGAAAGAACUGCAACAUCUCCAAUUGUCAAUUUUGUGGAGAAGAACAACAAGGAAGUAGUAUUUUCUGUCAAAACUGCAGCAGUUUGCACUCCAGAUGAAGCUCCUGAAUGUGUCAUAGAGGAUCACAAAGGCAAUGUUUAUGACCUGAGAUCUCUGAGGAAGGAGCAAGGAAAUUGGGAGGUUCUUGAUGAACGAGACGACCAUAAGGCUUCCUCUGACAGAAAUGAAGGAAUUGCAGAUCAGCUGUACCACAUCAACGUGUGUGGGCAAGUGAAUGAAGGAAGGCACUACCACUGUCCUCCAGGACCCAUUGGUGCUUGCCAGACGAGCUUUGAUGCCUUGACAGCCCACAACCUGGGUUUCCUUACUUCACACCCGAGUGUUAAUGAGGAUGGCUCUAUUACCAUUACAUACACAGGUGGAGAUCAAUGUCAGGAAGGAAAACAUGCACGCUCUACAAGAAUCAACUUAAUAUGUAACGACAUCGAAUAUGAACCAGUGUUGGUAGAUGAAACUUCUACGUGUGAAUAUAUAUUCACAUGGUUAACACCAGCUGCUUGUCCACGUCACUUAAAAAAGGGGACAAAUUGCUUAGUAGAAGAUCCUCUUUAUGGAAAUGUGUAUGAUCUAAAUCCAUUGAGAAAUCAGAUGAAAGAUUAUAAUGUUACUGAUGGAGAGCAUGACUAUUUAAUAAAUAUUUGUGGACCCCUUUUAUCAAAAUGCAAAGGAGAGGGCCAAUCUGGUGUUUGUCAAAUCAAAGGAGAUGAACAGUUUAGUGGAGGAAUGGCUACAAGUAACAUCACAUUUAAUGAUGGAACAUUAGUGAUAAAUUACAAUGGUGGAACUGGAAGUUGUGCAGGCAAUAAUACAAGAUCUGCCCAAAUAAUUUUCUUAUGUGAUCAGAAUGAAAGUGGCAGGGAUGGUCCGCACUUCUUCCAUGAAGAUGAAACUUGCACUUAUCAUUUUACUUGGCUGACAAUGCAUGCAUGCCCUCCAUUUAGUGUUGUGGACUGCAGUGUAGUUACUGAUAAUGGGACAAUUUAUGACCUUAAUGAAUUGUCAUCAUCUAGUAUGAAUGAAGAAUACUCUACAUCAGAUGGAAAUAAAAAGUUUGUGCUGAAUGUUUGCAGGUCAGUGGUCCAUAACAAAGAGAGUAGGUGUCCCUACAAUGCAGGAGCAUGUGUAAUUGAUUUGAAGCACAAAGAAAAGGCAUUAAAUAUUGGAAAGGUUCACAGUGGACCAUAUAUAGAGGAUGGCAACUUGAAAAUAAAGUACAGUGGAGGAGAUCCGUGCGAUGAUUCUAGCCAGCUUUCUGAAACUAUUAUUCAAUUCAACUGUGAUAAGGAAGAGCUUUAUGCAUAUCCACAACUGGUAGCACAAGAGGGUUGCAAAUACAUAUUUGAAUGGAACACACCUAUUGCCUGUCCCCUGCCACUUAUAGACCAUACCACAAGUGCUCCAGACACUAAGGGUAAUUGUACUGCUAAAAAUGAUUUUACUGGCUAUGUCUUUGACCUGAAUCCUUUAAAAAAGAAAACAGGCUAUGAAAUACAGGAUAGUGGUGAAGUCCAUCUUGUUUUAAAUGUCUGUGAUGAAGUUGAUACAAAAAGAUGUCCAGACAAGGGAACAGGAGCAUGUUCUUAUAUCCAUGAUAACCAUGCAGCUAGUGCUGGAAAAGCAAAUGCAAACUUGCAGUAUCACCUUGGAUUUCUUUCCCUUUAUUAUACCGGUGGACAAGCUUGUGGAAAUGGAGAACAACGUUCCACUCUUAUAAGCUUCAUAUGUGGAGCUGAAGAUGCACCAGAUAUACCUGUCCUUAUACAUGAAGAUCUAGAUAAAUGUAUCUAUUAUAUUAACUGGUAUACUGACUUGGCUUGUGAACGUAGGAUCAAUUGUUUUGUGGAUACGUGGGAACAGCGACUAGACUUGACACCUCUGAUCAGAUCAACUGGCAGCUAUGAAGUUUUAAAUCCUGAGAAUCCCAAGCAAAAGUUUUACUUGAAUGUGUGCAGACCACUCAAUCACAUCGUUGGCCUGAACUGUCGCCCAGGUUCCUCUGCAUGUCUUUCUCUGUCAGAGUCUGAAGCCUUAAGUCUUGGCCAGCCAAUUACAACUCCACAAUAUAUAUAUUCAGAUGAAAUUCAGAUGAUAUAUUCUCAUGGAUCUAAGUGCUUAACAAACUCUGAAAUAGGAAUUUCUUCACGAAUUACAUUUAUUUGUGAUUUAGAUGCAGGCAAGGGGAGCCCGACCUACAAAAAUGUAACCCAUGAUUGCCAGUACCUGUUUGAGUGGCGAACAGCACUUGCAUGUGAAAACCGCCAAGAUGUCCCUGAUUCAGGCCCUGUCUGCCAAAUCCAGUUUAAUGCUGCAAAGACUAAUGUUAAUCUGAAACCUUUGAACAGACCAGAGGGAUAUUCUGUUAAGUUUGAGGAUGAGGAGUAUAAAAUUAAUGUAUGUGGGGCAGCUUGUGGUGAAUCUGGUGUAUGCACAAGUGAUGGAACUAGCUUUGGUCUGAGCAGUAAGUCUGACUUAAAUUGGGACUAUGACAAGUUGAAGCUCAUGUACUAUGGUGGUGACAGUUGCAGUGAUGCACUGUCAGGACAAAGAACCACAAUCAUAUACUUUUCAUGUAAUAUGAGUGUGGGAUUGGGAUACCCAGUCCCUGAUCCAAUAAUGAGGGAUUUAGAAUGUGUAGCAAUAUUCAACUGGGAAACUAAUUUAACCUGCAUCGAAGCCAUUUACAAUAUGGAUGACUCUUCUGACAGCAAACCUAUAAAUUCUGACCCAGUUAUACCAGACAAUGAAUCUCAUGAAGCUGAAAAACCUUCUGCUGAAGAAGGCAAUAGUGAUAGCCCUUCUGCAGACCAGCAGCAAACGGAACCAGAGAGCGCAUAUUCAACAGUAUCUGCUGCCAUUUCCAGUGUCCUCAUUGUUACAGGAAUCAUAUUUGUGAUUAUCCUGGUUUUAUUCAAGUCUGAGCGGGGACAGCAAGUGGUGUCAUCUGCCAGGAGAUUCUUCGGCAUGAGAGGGUAUUCAAACAUAACCCAGUCACGCAUGGAAAAUUCCUCGCUUAUAAGCCCAUCCUCCUAUGCUAGAGUGUACAGAGUGGAUGAAAGUGAUGAUGAUCUUCUUAAUGUAGUAACCUAAAUGUAGACAAUGUACUAUUUGCAUAAAAGAAACUGAUAAGAGUCCACUUCUAAAAAGUCAUAAGGCUUUUUAUAAAAUAAAUAUAUGUUUUAGUGAGCUAAAUCUUGUGGAUAUUAAUUUCAGCUUUCUUUUAUGCAAAUAACAAGGGUGUAUGCAGAAAGUAUUUAACCAAACAACCAUUAACUCUGAGUAAGAACAUUCUAAUAUUACUCCAUAGCACAAUCACAUAACAAAUAAAAAUGUAUUUUUGAGCACAAUGGCAACUAAUAUUUGGUAAUUUGUAGUUACAGUACUAAUGUAUUCAGAUUUCAUUGUUUGUAUAUAUAUAUAUAUGUGUGUGUGUGUGUGUGUGUGUGUGUGUGUGUGUGUG